CUCUAUCUCCACCCACCCAUAUAUACUUCCUUCCUCCGCAUUUUCUCUGCCGCUCUUCUCUGCAUCAUCUAUCCGCCUCGUAUCGCCUACGCCGCCGCCGCCGGCGCCUCAAAAUUGAACAUCUCUUCGUCAAAAUCAAGGAUGAUUAACACCUUGGUGAAGUUCAAUUCUGGUGUUUCUUUAUUUCUUUGGUGAUAUCAGCUGAAGUUGUGGUUUAAACAUCUGUAACAAAUGGAUAGGUGUGAUACUUCUGGAUUCGUGAGUGGGGGUGGGGUGUCCUCUUUGGACCUCUAACCGUAGUUAGUUAGUUUUGUUUCAAGUUUAGUUCAACCCGGAAGUCAGGAAGGCUGUUCUUUUGGUAAAGAUUUAAGAUUGUUGCGUCGUCACUGUUUGUUUUAUAUGGAUGCUAGACGUCUGAAUUUAGGUUUUGCUGCAAACCCCACUCAAAAUUCAUUCAUGAAUGUGGACAAUGAUGGUCUCCGUUUAGGGGCUGGAGCUGAUCAGUCAACCCUAUUGAAGCUCGAUUCAACAGGUUGUUCGCUUCCAUUUUUUCUCUCCUCAAGAGGAAUGAAACGAAAAAGGAACUUGAUUGAUGUAUCGGUGGGACAGGAUGUAGGAUUAUGCCUUGGACUGGGCAACAAUUAUUCUAGCUCUUCAGAUAGUAAGGGCGGGAGUUCAGCAACUGCAUGGUCUACCCUUUCUUCUGCAAAAGAAAACGAGGAAGAAUCCUCAAUGGAACUUGAUCUUGAUUUCUCUCUUCAUCUAGGGAGCAGCAACAACAACAACGACAACACCACAUUAUCCAGUGCUCCAAAAAAGACGUUUAUGCAGCCAAUGGUUGAUCUCAAGUUAAGUCUCUCCACUGGCACUGGAGUGUCUCAUGAAUCUGAUAUGAGUACUAUGUGGACCCCGCAAUUCUUGGAAGGGACGGUUUCGUCGUCACAAUGGAAACCCGAAAGCUUCUUGUUCAAUCCUCCACUGCUUCAGCCUGUCUCAGCAAGCGUCGUUGUUACGAAACCACCGCAAAGCUCAAUCUCCUGUACUUCCGGGAUCUCACAACUUCAACAAACUAAUCAGCCGCCGCGUAGUAGUAAUAAUAAUAAUAGCAGUAGUACUAAGACAUGUCAGUUCAACGGAUGUGGAAAAGGAGCAAGAGGCGCCUCCGGUCUCUGCAUUGCCCACGGUGGGGGCCGUAGGUGUCAGAAAGCCGGCUGUCAGAAAGGUGCUGAAGGCCGAACCGUCUUCUGCAAGGCCCAUGGAGGCGGCAGGAGGUGCGAGUUCCUCGGCUGUACCAAAAGUGCGGAAGGCAGAACUGAUUUCUGCAUUGCCCACGGCGGCGGCAGAAGGUGCAGCCAUGAGAGUUGCACUCGCGCCGCCCGAGGGAAAUCCGGUCUAUGCAUCCGUCACGGGGGAGGGAAAAGAUGCCAGAAGGAGAACUGCACUAAAAGUGCGGAAGGCCUCUCGGGUCUCUGCAUAUCGCACGGGGGAGGCCGUCGCUGUCAAUUCAUGGACUGCGCGAAAGGAGCUCAAGGCAGCACGAUGUUCUGUAAGGCUCACGGCGGAGGGAAAAGAUGCUCAUUGGAAGGAUGCACUCGGGGUGCGGAGGGCAGCACACCUUUCUGUAAAGGACAUGGCGGAGGGAAAAGAUGCACACACGUUCAGUGUCCUAAGAGCGUUCACGGAGGCACACUGUUUUGCGUUGCUCAUGGUGGCGGGAAGAGGUGUGCGGUUCGCGAGUGUACAAAGAGUGCAAGGGGUCGGACAGAGUUUUGCGUUCGACACGGUGGAGGGAAACGUUGUAAGUCAGAAGGGUGCGGGAAGAGUGCGCAAGGGAGUACUGAUUUCUGUAAGGCUCACGGUGGGGGUAAGAGGUGUUGUUGGGGACAGGUUGGGUCAGGAUAUGGGGAAGGAGAUGCAGAAGGUUGUGUCUCGUUUGCUAGGAAUAAGGCCGGUCUUUGUGCUUCUCACGGGGCUUUGGUGCAAGAUAAGCGCGUUCACGGUGGGGCGACUCUCGGUUCUAUUAUGGUUCAGGAUUCAAAAACCGACAACAUGAAUAUUUGGGGAAAGCAGGCUGAAGUGGGUGGUUCGUCGGCUUUGGUUCCAGAAGGGAGGGUGCACGGGGGAAGGCUGAUGGCGUUGCUGUCUAAGAAUGGAUCAUCUUAGGGCUAGGGCUGCUGGUGAUGCUGGUGGUGGUGCGCAUGUUAAGGUCUAUUACCUUAAACCAUUUAACAAAUUUAUUAUGUUAUGUUUUGUGUGUUUUGUUGUUUGUUUGCAAUUUGAAACUUAUCGUGUCUAGUGGUUUGAGAAAAGUUGCUCCCAUUGAAUAAUUUUAUAAUGGUGUGUUUGUUGUGAAUAGAAGGGGACUUAAUGGUUUUGGGGUAUUUAAGAAUAAGGUAAGAGAGAGUCUCUAGUGUAAGCUGUUAGGACAGCUCUCUCUUUUGUGUCUGUCUCAACUUUGCUCAUUCAUCUUGUAUAUAUAUUUAGACC